UAAAACAAAAAUAUAUAAAAUAAUGGCCCAAAAAGAUCUAAAUAGUAACCCUUUUGCUGAACUAUUAAAUGAUAAUUCUCAAAAGACUUCAGCUAUAUCAAUUGAAAAACAUUUAUUAAACGAUGAUAAUUGUGCUGAAACAAUGCUUAUACCAUUAGAUAAUUCAUCAAUAAUUACUGUUGAUCAAGCUAAAUUAAAAGAGGAUCAAAUUAUCGAAAAUAUAUUUAAAAUUACAAUAAACCCUAAUAAAAAACAAAAUUCAAACCAAUUAUAUUUUUUGUCUCAACUGCACUCAAAUUUAAAUAGCAGAACAUUUAUUGAUUCCGAGUGUUUAAGUCAAGCAGUAUUUGAAAGGUUAUUGAUACCCAAGGAAGAGAUUGAUAAUUUGAUGUCUUUGGCACAGAAAAAAUCUAACAAAACCGACAACUCUGGAAAAAUUUUGCAUUAUUUAUACGCGUGUUUUAAUCGAUUAUAUGACGAAAUUCCAGACAUCGAAAAAAGGAAAAAUUUGACUCAAUCAUUGGCAUCAAAUAUUAAAGAUAUUAUAAUUUGCAAUUCGGCCACAGCAAUGCAGACUGAUCUCUAUUCUCAGGAUACCUCGCAACAAUUCAUUGAUCUUUUACUACAAAAUUAUACAACAUCAAAUAAUAGACAUUUAAACGAAUAUUUGAUGCUGACGCUUUCAUACAUAAAUGAAAAUUACGGAUACCAAACAUUAUACGAUUCGUGCAAACCAAUUCUUGACAAAUUGUACAAUUUAUUUAGUCAAACGCUCACCAUUAUAAAUCCUUCCUUGUUUGAUUACCUUGAAAUUAUAACCUUUUACACACAAACAGCAUUAUUGGCUCGAAUUUUUUUGGCGCAUUCGACACCGUUAUUUCUUAUUAAAUUAAACGGGGACGCUUAUAACAAGGAAAAAAGGGAGGUAGAAAUCGAUAACGAUCAAAUCAAUGUACCCAGCAAUAGUGCUCAAAACAACACCAACAUAAGCGCCUUUCGACAAGCCUUUGAUAGGGGUUUGAGAAACAUAUAUCCUCUCAAUAGCGCCGCUCCUACUCCAACUAAUUCAUAUGGUAUUGGAAUGAACCAUCUCGAAAUUGGCAAGGGUAAAAUGUUCGAGAAUACUCUGUUAGGCCGUAUCAUUGGAAUAUCAUGCAUACCUAUAGGACCUAAAAGUAAUGGAUCCCUUUUUUUUAACAAUGUUUCCCAGUUGUCACGCCAGGAACACAAAAGCAUGGAACAAAACAUAUGGAAGCCUCUAUCAUCGUUGGUAGACAAAAUAUAUUCGUUAUUUUAUUCGCUCCUUAAAAUGGGCUCCGAAGUUAAACACGAAACCUUAAGAUGGAUAGGAUACUGUUUGCACUGCAAUGCUGGACGCUCUAAAAUUUGGUCUUCACAAGUCCCCGAAAUAUUUGCUUCUACCUAUGCUUCCGAUCCCUUCAUGCUGAACCUUGGAUCCAUUCUUAUCAAGUUAUGCAAACCAUUUUCAUACCCAUUCUCAAAUCGGAUCUUAAAAAUAGAAAUCGACUACACUCAAACGCAUUCUAGAAAUGAUUUAGAUGCUAAGUCUCGUGGUCUUCAUAUGUUAGAUUUGGAUACGGAAACGUUCUUAGUACCAACCAAACUUCCAGAAACGAGUUUGAUAAGAACGGACGAUAAACUAAACACGAAAGAAUUUAAUUUUGUAACGGAAUGCUUAUUCAUGACGCAAAAAUGUAUGGACAUAGGUUUUAGGGUUAUUUUAUCAAAAUUUCUUAAAUUGAACCAAGAGCUAGGUCGCAUGCAAGUUUACUAUGAAUCCCUCUUAUCUUCUGCAUCUUUAGCUGAUGAAUCCGCUCCGCCUAUCAGAAAUAUCAAAGAUGCAAUGGAAAAAGGUCUAUCCACUUUUCUAAGCACGAAAGCAGCUUUGUUAGAGCCUCAUUUUUUGGAAGGUUUUUUUAAUCUAAACGUAGCUAUAAGUCAAUACCUUUGUCACAAUAUCCAUCUUAUAAUUAGCAAAACGCUGGAUAAUAAUAAGGAAUCGGCAGAUAUGCAUGCUUAUUUUAGCGCGCCUUUGGAAGACGAACUCGCCGAUGAGGACAUAAAAUCAAGAUUGGAACAUUUUAUGAGUUGCGUACCGGAAUUCUUUUUGGAGAAUAUGUUGGAUCUCAUGUCAUUGUUGUCUCAUUUUAGCGACGAAUCACUUGAAUUUUUUGGAGUUAAAUCAUUGGAACCUAUAAUGAUUUUAAUAAUGACUUUAAUGGGAUGCCCUGAGAGAGUCAAGAAUCCUCACUUGAGAGCAAAAAUGGCUGAAACUUUGGAGGCAUUAGUACCUCUCCAAGCUCGAAAAUCAACUGACGAUGAUAGAGAAGGAUUAGAGGCUUUUGAUCAAGGAUAUUCUUCUGGCCGUAAUUGGAGUUUGGGUGGAGGAGGAAUUAACGCUACCUCAUCGUGUAGAAGUCAACUCUUUACGAUUGGUAAAGUCAAUAAUAUCGCCUUUCAAAUAGAAUCCCCAAAGCAAAAUAUUGACUAUAGGAAUUUUAUGAUUCCAGUGUUGAUACAUGUCUUUGUAAGCAUUGAAGAAACCGGUCACAACGUUGCGUUUGAACAAAAAUUUUCGUAUCGAAGACCAAUGUACGUUGUUUUGAGAUAUCUUUGGAAAUUUACGGAACACAGAAAUGUCGUUAAAUUUAUGGCAGAUCAAGCUGAAAAAAAUAUUGAAGCCAUAAAUCCCCCAUUAUUUCUUCGAUUUAUCAACUUAUUAAUUAACGAUGCUAUAUUUUUAUUGGACGAAGGUCUAUCGUUUAUGAGUCAAUUAAGAGAGUUGCAGAUGGCGAAAGACAAAGGUGAAUGGCACAAGUUGUCUCAAGAACAAAAAACCGAAAAUGAGAAUAAUUUUCAACAUCUAGGAUUAAUGGCGAGAUAUCAUAAUGUUUUGGGGUUGGAAACAAUAAGAGUUUUAGCUUACGUCACGCGUUAUAUUCAUACAAUAUUCACACACUCUACUAUGGUCAAUCGAAUCACUAGUAUGCUCAAUUACUUCUUGCUUCAUUUGGUUGGACCUAAGAAAAAAAACUUGAAAGUCAAAGAUCUAUCAAUUUAUGAAUUUAGACCUCAAGAAAUAGUCACGACCAUAUGCCAGAUUUACGUUAAUUUAGGAAAUAGUGUUGAGAACUAUCUUAAAGGUCAAGAAAUUUUUUUACAGAACAUGGAUGCAUCUUCUUCGUCUACCAUUAAUGAUUUAGAGAAAUUAAAAAUAUCUGAAGAAGAAUUUCUUAGAGCAGUCAGUCAUGAUGGAAGGAGUUAUUCGGCAGGUUUAUUUACUCAAGCUCUUGAUGUUUUGCAAAAAAUCGGAAACAAAGCAGCUUCAACAUCUCUUAACGAUUCAUUUUCAUCGUUUUCCACCUACACUAUGGCUUCGAAUUUAAGUAGCCAACUUGACAUUGUCGCUCAAAAGGUUAAGAAUUUCGCCGUAGAACAAGAGCAAGAAGACGAACUUAUGGCCGAUGCCCCUGAUGAAUUUUUAGAUCCAAUUAUGAAUACUCUAAUGAUUAAUCCCGUUAUUCUGCCAACAUCAGGAAAAGUUGUUGACCGGUCGACUAUUGCCAGGCAUUUGCUUAGCGACCAAAAUGAUCCAUUUAACCGACUACCUCUAGCACUAGAAAUGGUAAAGAGUGAUUUUGUUUUAAAGGAGAAAAUUGAACAGUGGAAAAGUUCAAAAAGGAACUGAUAGCAUAUCUCAUCAUAAUAUUAUAAUAAUAUUGUCAUUUCCAAUACAUUGUUUGGUCUUUUUAGCAAUAUUAUUAUAAUUUCAUUUUUGAUGGACAAUUUUUAUGAUUACUAAAUAGUGGUUUUAUAUAAUAUUAUUAAUGAUAAUUAUAUUUAUGGUUUAUUAAAUAUUAUUUAUAUUUUUUUCCAAGGGGCGCAAUAA